CAACUAGACAGCUACAAAGUUUAUAUGACGGAGAAAAACCAGAAACUCCGAAUAAACUGUGAGCAAAUCAGUGGAAGUCAUUCCUGCAAAUGAACUCAAAACUACAUAAAAUUAAACCGAAAUCAACUUGUGUAGUAGUUUGAUUAUAUAACGUUCCUCUAAAUUAACGUCAUUUCAUUUGAAGCUUUGGCGUUACCUUCUUUAUCAAUUCAGUAGCACCGUUUCAAAUUAAUUGUGAAUAAAUAGAGGCAAAAAAAUCAAUGACGAUUACAAUUCAAAUUCAAUCAGACAUGCGUUCUUCUUUACACUUCUCGUCAAUUUUCCGACGUUUAUCGCCGUCUACGACCAACUACCGUCACCGUUUUCCGUCACGUUUGGCGGUUAAAUCCUUCUCAAACGACGCCGUUGAGAAGAUUGUUAACAAACCCUCCAUUUGCACCGCCGAUGAGCUUCAUUAUGUCCACGUGACGAAUUCUGAUUGGCGUCUCGCUCUCUGGCGGUACCAUCCCCACCCCGAGGCUCGUGCAAGGAAUCAUCCUCUUUUGUUGUUAUCAGGUGUUGGGACGAAUGCUAUUGGUUAUGAUCUCGCGCCCGAGUGUUCAUUUGCUCGCCAUAUGUCUGGACAAGGAUUUGAUACAUGGAUUCUUGAAGUUAGAGGGGCUGGAUUAAGCAUGAAUGCAACACACUCUAAAGAUGUAGAACAGUCAGCCCAUGAAAUAUCUGAUAAGAUGGAGUCUACUGCUGAAAAGGCUAAAGAAGCUGUGGUUCAUACUGGGCGGUCCCUCGACUCCAAGGACGGGGCGUUAGUUGAUUCGGAUGUCCCAGUUAUUAAUGGAGCUCCAUCAACAGUUGCGACAGUGUGGGAUGAAUCAGAACUUGUUUCAAAAUUGACCGAUACAUUCAUGCGGUUGUCUCAGAGGCUCUCCGGAUUUCUCAGUGAAGGACAAUCAAGAAUUAUUUCUGCAAGACUUUUGGAUCAACUUCAGAAACUUUUGGAGGAUUCCCAUCUACUUGACCGCUUCAAUGAGACAAGGGGAAAGCUUUUGAGCUUGUUAGAAACUAAUGACAACUCUGCUGUAGCUAAUCAAAUAACAGAUCUAAGCCAAAGGCUAGUGAAUAUAUUUGAAGAAGGACAACGCUCAAUUUCACCUCAGAUCUUUGAUUUGCAGGCAAGCUUCUUUACAACCGUAGAAGAUUUUCAAAAACAGCUUGACCUGAUGGUGAAGUAUGAUUGGGAUUUUGAUCAUUACUUGGACGAGGAUAUUCCUGCUGUGAUGGAAUAUAUAAGAGGUCAAAGCAAACCCAAGGAUGGUAAAUUGCUUGCGAUUGGACACUCGAUGGGUGGUAUACUGUUGUAUGGGAUGCUCUCCAGAUGUGGAUAUGAAGGUAAAGAUCCAAGAUUAGCAGCUAUUGUGACCUUGGCAUCUUCACUUGACUACACAACUUCCAAAUCAUCACUUAAGAUGCUCAUACCCCUGGCUAAUCCUGCACAGGUCCUCAAUGUUCCUGUUGUUCCUCUAGGAGCCAUGCUAUCUGCCACUUACCCUCUCUCAUCGAGCCCUCCAUAUGUUUUGUCUUGGCUCAAUAACUUAAUUUCAGCUGAGGACAUGAUGGAUCCGGAGUUGCUAAAGAAGCUUGUUCUGAACAAUUUUUGUACUAUACCAGCUAAACUUCUAUUACAAUUAACAACAGCUUUCCGUGAGGGUGGAUUAUGUGACCGGAGUGGUACCUUCUUCUACAAGGAUCAUUUGCACAAAAGUAGUACCCCUGUGUUAGCUCUUGCGGGAGAUCAGGACCUCAUUUGCCCUCCUGAAGCUGUUUAUGAAACCGUUAAACUCCUUCCUGAACACUUGGUUACCUAUAAAGUUGUUGGACAACCUGGAGGUCCACAUUAUGCGCACUAUGAUUUAGUUGGAGGAAGAUUGGCUGUAGAAGAAGUGUAUCCUUGCGUAGUUGACUUUUUGAGCCGUAAUGACUAGAAUCCUGGAUACAGGCCAAGAUCUCCUUUGACAAAUCACAAUGGUGUUCUGCGUUUUCCCAAAUGAUUAUUUUGCUCUUAAUAGCCAAGUUGCUGUAACUCAGUUCGCCAACUUGUGUAAUCUCCACAUUGCUGCUCUGCUCCAUCUGGUAUAUAGAACAUAGAAUGAGAAGCAAGUUUUUGCUCAAGGCAAGCCAUGCUCUUAUCGUGGGAUGUCAACAGAUGCUACUAGGCCUGGCCCGCCCUGCUAAUAGAGCUUUUAAUUCCCAUAUCAGUUUUUGUACAUCUUCAUAUACAUCCGACUUUUGGUUCUUAAUUUUUAUAGUUCAUGCGUGUUUAUAUAUAGAGUUGUGAAAGCCUGUUGAUUGUGUUAUGCUGCAGUCUUGACUCUUGUAGUAUCAUCUUUUUGUUUACAGCUGAAUUAAUUUGAUUGUAAAUGUCCUAUAUCUGGUUAAUUAAGCAGGGUUGAUUUGAAAGUGA